CAUACUGGAGACCCCGUUGAGAGGAUCUUUUCUCUCUAUAAAGAGAAGAUGCAGCUCAGGCGCCUUUGAGAUGAUCGCAAGGAUUUACUGCGCGCCUCUCUGCCUCUAACUUCAGACGGGCACCCUCGGCUGUUUCAACGCCAAACUAUCUGGACUGCUAGCACGUUUAAAAUACUUACCUCGCGGACUGAGGGACACAUGAAUGACGCGGGAUUUCCCAGUCUACUCUGCCAAACUGUCUGAGUCAUCCGAGACCCGAAUGUGAGCAUCUCUUUCUUCUGCGCUCCGAGCUGUUAGUUUAGACUUUGUGCGUCGUCGCCUCUCGGCGCAGUUUGUGUUGCAGGUGCGUGGAGAAGGAGCGCGAGGACAGAUGGCUGCGCUGGCGAUACAAAGGACUGACAACUUUUUGCACACCUUCUUACAGGACCGGACGCCCAGCUCCUCUCCAGAGGGAGCACCCAACGCCCUCUCCUUCCUGGCCACCACCUGUAGCCAGGCCUGGCAGGUGGGAGGCACAAUGGGCUCUGAAGGCUCCCAGUUCCCCUACGAAGGCACUGUCAGCUCCACAUCAGGAAUGUUCCAGCUCUGGAGCAAUGACAUGGCACCCAGCACAGCCCUCAGCACACACCAGAUGACCUUCACGGUGCCCAAGGUGCAGUUCCCUGGACACAUGCAGCCUGCUCUGGGUCACCAUCAUCAUCACCCCCAUCAUCACCACCACCAUGAGCUGCCUCUCACCCCUCCAGCCGAACCUCCGUCUUCCUACUCCUUUGAACUCUCCCCUGUCAAAGUGCUGUCCUCGCAGCAGCAGGCCACUGGCCCCUAUUACCCUCAGCACAACAGUGUGGGACAAAACUUCCCCAGCUUCCUCCAGAACUCCUCAGCCAGGCAUCACCUGCCUGGAGGCCAUGUGGACGACGGGCAACAAUGGUGGAGCCUACCCCAAACCAAUGCGACCCCAUCCAACCAUCCCUUCUCCAUAGGCAGACAGCUGGUUUUGGGCCACCAGCCCCAGAUAGCUGCUCUUCUCCAAGGCACCUCCAAGGGCCUGCUGAGCUCCACACGCCGCUGCCGCCGCUGCAAGUGCCCCAACUGCCAGGCGAAUGGCGGGGGGUUAGAGUUUGGAAAGAAGAGACUGCACAUCUGCCACAUCCCAGAGUGUGGCAAAGUGUACAAGAAGACCUCUCACCUCAAGGCACAUCUGCGCUGGCAUGCCGGGGAGAGGCCCUUCAUCUGUAACUGGCUCUUCUGCGGUAAAAGCUUCACCCGUUCAGACGAGCUACAGCGGCACCUCCGUACACACACCGGUGAGAAGCGCUUUGGGUGCCAGCAGUGCGGCAAGAGGUUCAUGAGGAGUGACCACCUCUCCAAACAUGUCAAGACCCACCAGACCAGGAAGAGCCGGUCUGGGCCGCCUUCACAGAGCACGGACCCUCUGCUCACCAACAUCAAGAGAGAGUAAUCUUUGUGCUCCAUCAUUCAGAAAUCAACAAUGAACAGACUGUGUGACUUACACUUACUGCCAUAGGUUUGCACUAGAAGGUGAGCACCAAGCUCCCCGAACAUCUUCUGUUGUCAAAGCCCUACUUUUUGACUUCAAGUAGUACCAUAAAAAUAUAUUUAGAGACCAUUUUUAAUCAAAGUUAUUGUGUCCUGUUUGAGGCAAGGCACCUUUAAAGAAUACUUGAAGCCUUUUUCAGUGAUAUUGUGACAGUUUGGCUGAACUCAGUGUACUUUCCAAGACGCCACACAAACUGGUUUUAUGCCUUUAACAAUUUUAAGAUUUGUUUAAAUUGCAACUGAUGUGAAAAUCUAAAUUUUUUCAGCGUUCAUUUUGUAAAUAUUUUAUCCAUGUGAAGGACGUGGCUUGAGCGAAGGCUAUCCUUAAUAUGUUGUCCUUAUUAUCAUGUUCAAAAUAAAUGUAUGCCUUAGUACAGCUAAAGGUUGCUGUAUAAAAAUUAGAAUUUCUUCGCUGGAAAACAGGUUCAGAAUGGAAAGAUGUUUCUGUUGCUGUUAAUUAGAUUUUUAUUCCAAAAACAUAUCCUAAUUUGUCAGCUUCAAGGUCGUGAUCUUUUUUGAAAUGUAAGUCUUUGAUCUACAGAUUUAUCUCGCCUGCUCUUAAGCAGUAAUGUGAAGCACCAUUGCUCCAAAUUAGCAAACAUUUUAAAUGUUUAAAGUCUUUGUAAAUUAUGUAUAAAUAUCAUGAACAAUUUUAUUGGGGUUAUGGCCGCAUGUAAAUUUUAAUAAACAUUGUC